GGGCGGAGGCGCUGGCCGGUUGAGGGAGUCGUGCUCUUUGGGGCGCCGGUGAGGCGGGCUGCUGGCAGACGUUUCGUCGGGAUGGAGCACAUCCGUACGACCAAGGUUGAACAAGUGAAAGUACUAGACCGAUUCAGCACCAGCAACAAGUCAUUAACAGGAACACUGUAUCUUACGGCCACCCAUCUAUUAUUUAUAGACUCUCAUCAAAAAGAAACUUGGAUAUUACACCACCAUAUUGCCUCAGUAGAGAAACUCGCGUUGACGACUUCUGGAUGCCCACUUGUGAUUCAGUGCAAGAACUUCAGGAUUGUGCAUUUCAUUGUUCCCAGAGAAAGAGAUUGCCAUGAUAUUUACAACUCUUUGUUACAACUGUCAAAACAAGCAAAAUAUGAAGAUCUAUAUGCAUUUUCUUAUAAUCCCAAGCAAAAUGACUCAGAACGACUACAAGGUUGGCAGCUUAUUGACCUUGCUGAGGAAUACAAGAGGAUGGGAGUGCCAAAUUCACACUGGCAGUUGUCUGAUGCAAACCGAGAAUACAAGAUCUGUGAAACUUACCCCAGAGAACUUUAUGUUCCCCAAAUAGCAAGCAAACCAAUAAUUGUUGGGAGUUCCAAGUUCCGGAGCAAGGGAAGAUUCCCAGUGCUUUCAUACUAUCAUCAAAAUAAGGAGGCUGCCAUUUGUCGAUGUAGCCAACCGCUGGCAGGAUUCAGUGCCAGGUGUCUGGAGGAUGAGCAUUUGCUUCAAGCCAUCAGUAAAGCCAAUCCAGUUAACCGCUAUAUGUAUGUCAUGGACACCAGGCCCAAACUGAAUGCUAUGGCCAACAGAGCAGCUGGAAAAGGUUAUGAAAAUGAAGACAAUUAUUCUAACAUUAGAUUUCAGUUUGUUGGGAUUGAAAAUAUUCAUGUCAUGAGGUCCAGCCUUCAGAAAUUAUUGGAAGUCAGUGGUACCAAAGGGCUGUCUGUCAGUGAUUUCUACUCUGGUGUGGAGAGCUCCGGAUGGCUUCGCCAUAUCAAAGCUAUUAUGGAUGCUGCAAUCUUCUUAGCCAGAGCAAUAAUGGUUGAAAACGCAAGUGUAUUAGUACAUUGUUCUGAUGGUUGGGAUAGGACUUCCCAGGUUUGUUCCCUUGGCUCUCUCUUACUGGAUUCCUACUAUAGGACAAUUAAAGGAUUCAUGGUUUUAAUAGAGAAGGAUUGGAUUUCCUUUGGACAUAAAUUUUCAGAGAGGUGUGGCCAUUUGGAUGGUGACCCAAAGGAAAUCUCACCAGUGUUUAUUCAGUUUUUGGAAUGUGUGUGGCAUUUGACCGAACAGUUUCCGCAAGCCUUUGAAUUCAAUGAAGCAUUUCUUCUUCAGAUCCAUGAACAUAUUCAUUCAUGUCAAUUUGGAAACUUCCUUGGAAAUUGUCAGAAGGAAAGAGAAGAACUCAAGUUGAAGGAGAAGACUUACUCCCUGUGGCCGUUUCUUUUGAAUGACCAAGAGAAAUACUUAAAUCCUCUCUACAGUUCCAAAUCUCAGAGAUUGACAGUCUUGGAGCCAAGUACAGUAUCUUUCAAUUUUAAGUUUUGGAGAAACAUGUACCACCAGUUUGAUCGAACAUUGCAUCCUAGGCAGUCUGUAUUUAACAUAAUUAUGAAUAUGAAUGAGCAGAAUAAGCAAUUAGAGAAAGAGGUUAAAGACCUAGAAUCUAAAAUUAAGCAGCGCAAAAAUAAGGAAACAGAUGGCGUCCCCACCAAGGAAUUGUUACAUUCAGUUCAUCCUGAAUCACCUAGUCUCAAAACCUCCUUGUGUUUUAAGGAGCUCCCUGUGAAUGAUGCUCUUCGAACUAUAGAGGGCAGCAAUUCAGCAGAUAAUCGUUACAGUGACUAUGCGGAAGCGUUUUCCAAGUCAGAACCUGCUGUUGUCAGCUUAGAGUAUGGCGUGGCAAGAAUGACUUGCUAGACUCUUUGGAUAUUUUCUGGACUGGCUGUAGUGCAAGAACUGGAUUAUUGUGAGGGUGGUCUGUGCUGCAUGACCAAAAAGGGAUUUUUCUACUAAUGAUCGUGUGGUUUAACAGUAGGUUAAUAGUUGAAGAAAGAAUAAUAACUGCUCUUGGGAGAGAAACAAAUCAGUUUAAUUGCAUUUUUAGCAAGGAAUGACAUUCAGUUCUGUAAGAAAUGAGUGGUAUUCGGGGAGUUUACUGAAAACACAAUUUGCACUGUACACUAGUGAAUUGACAUUUCUGUAGAUUUAUGUGUUAAUUACAGCCAAACAUGAAUAACCUUCUUUAAGUAUAACUUAAUUGCAAGAAAACAAAACUUGACAAAAUGGGCCUUUACUUAAUAAUUGACAUGGUGUGUACUUUGGAUUAUGUAAUGUAACUAUGAAUACAUACAUAUAUUUUGCCAGUUAGUGAUGUUUAAUGUUGAAGUACCAUGAAAAAUAUUUCUAAGAAGGCCUUAAAAUAAAUUUUCAGCUCAUUCUUUACCUUUAAGUUUUAUAACCUGAAGCAAAAUUUUUUUGUUUUCUUUUCGUUUUGGUCAGCCUUGUUUUAUUUGUAAAGAAUUGUGUUCUCAUUACUGCAGGAAUUGCAUGCUGUAAUAAGAAAAACACUCCUGUAUAAACAGUUGCUGAAGUACCCUAUUUAGUUCAUGUUUAGUUGGUCCACCUCCAUAUUCAAAAUCAGUCAAAAACAAAAGGUUUUCUUCUAAUUACAAUUUGUUUAGUGCUAAUUUGAUUCCUUAUUCUUUACAGCAUAGGUAGGUUAUUGAUUUUGUAAACAUUUAUCACAUAUUUGACUGUCUUUUAUAUACGGAUUACUACGUUCUGUCAAUUUUAAUUUUAUGUUGGCUUUAUUCCUUUGAUAAAUAUGUAAAUUUAAAGAGAUAAAGCUCUAAUAUGUUCUUAGAAACAAGGAAUAGUACAUAUGUGAAAACAAACUGCUUUAUCUCUCAGUGACUGUCUAACUUUGAGUUUAUCCAAACACUUCUGGUUAAAAAAAGCAGUCAUUUCUAUGUGGAACAUUUUUUCUUCUCUGUUAACUAUAGAAGAGGGAGGG